CUUCGCAUGCCUGCACUGUGUUCACAUUGAUUGCCCUAGUGUUUUUGUGAAAGGAUAAUCAAAGAUGCAGACUUGCCUUUCGCGACGUGGUUUGUUCGGCGGCCAAACGACGGGUCGCCGGGCUACUGUUGCUGUUCGCGCAGCUGCCAUUGCCGUCCCAGCGCCUUUUACGAAGAUCGAGCCGAAGGGAGAUCGCGUGUUGGUGCGCGUUGCGGAGGAGGAGGUGAUGACUCGAGGCGGCAUUCUACUUCCUCCCUCGGCCAUUAAGAAGCCUACCUCAGGCGAAGUUGUGAGCCUGGGCGAUGGUCGCGUCGGCAAUGGCGAGGUCCGGCAAUUUUACCUUAAGCCUGGGCAGACGGUCGUGUACAGCAAGUUUGGGUUCAUGUACACGGACCUGAAGCUCUCAAACGAUGAGGAGUACAUCCUUAUCCGUGAGGACGAUAUCAUCGGCAUCAUGCCCCGUGCCAACGCCCAGGCGGACGACGUGCCUGAGCUGCUGCCCAUUGCUGACCGCGUGUUGCUGCGCGUGGAGGAGGUUGCUGACGUCACCCUGGGCGGAGUCAUCCUGCCGGACAGCGCCAAGGAGCGGCCGCUCAGCGGGACUGUCGUACGAGUGGGCCCCGGGAAGUACGACAAGGAGGCGGAGGGGAAGCGCAAGGCCAUGACGGUCCAGCCGGGCGACAAGGUGCUGUACUUCAAGUACGCGGGCGACAACAUGGAGACCCCCAGCGGGGAGAAGUACGUGGUGCUGCGGGAGGACGACAUCCUGUGCAAGGCGUGAGGCGGAGGGGAGGCGGAAGGGUGCGUGGGGCGGAAGGGAAGGGGGCACUUUGCUAGGGAGGUGGGAUUGUAAGGCGGUGUGCUGGUGGUGGUAGAAGUACAGGUAGUGGUGAUUAACUUAGGGAGUACAGGCGGGUGUCGGACGAGUAAUGGAGGAGCAGAGGUGCCAUCGUGGCGGGCAGGACCUGGGUGCGCUGUUGCUGCAGGUUGCGCUCUUGAUGAGGCAGGGUUGGCCAGGAGGUAAACACGCUGUAAGGCGUACGACGGGAUUCAAGGUGUACAACAGGAGGUUGCUCAGCAACGUCGAGAGACCAGCGUGCCCGGGCUGCGGGCUACUGGGUUGAGGUCAGGUUGGUACCAGGGUUCUGUGCUCAGAGCCGUGGAGAUGAGGGCUAGUGGGUGCUACACAGUGGCCUUGGGGGGGGUGUAGAGUGCACGUGGGUUGGAGACGGCUGAAAGGAGCGUCCAGGAAGUGGGGAAACCCUGGUAAGCUUUCUUGAUGCCCGCUUUCUUUGCACACACGGCAAGCAGAGCUGUUCUUGCGGGGAAGCCUGUUGCGCCGCUCGGUGCGGAAGGAAAUGAACGGUGUUCUGGCACUAUGCAGAAGGCACUUUGGUGUUGAAGCUCUUUGAAGGACCGAAAGGCUGUGUAGUUGGGUUCUGAUGGAGGCCCGGAUGAUUGGAUGGACUGCCAGAAGGAUGCAGAGGGGAAGGCGGCCUGCAGGCGGGUGCAUGUGUCUGCAGAGCAUAUGCUGGCCUCGAAAGUGUGGCAUAUGCCCCGCGCGCUCCCUGAAACGUAGGGCUUCCAUCAUUGCUGGGUGCAAAAAUUGUGU